GCUAACGCAACUAUUGUUUCUUCUCUCUUACAGAUCCAAUAUCUAAUACCCUAUUCGGUCCCACCCACGUAUGUAAAUGGAAACAUCUUAAACUUCAACAUGUCUUUUCUCCAUAUUUCGUGCUUCUUUUCUCUUUCUUUUGUGUUUUCUUGGUAUGCAAACGAAGCCCCCUUAAUUCCUUUCACUGCAUAAACCGCGUCACAGUCAACCCUUUUAAAUGAUCGAUCAUAUCCAGUAUCCACAAUCUUGCAAUUUGCAACACCAUUUUGUCUUUUGUUCUGUUUGGUUUCAAGAAAACAGAGAGAAAAAAUGCAUCCUUUUUCUGGUUUUGUGACCUUUCUUGUUUCUUGUUUAUGUUUCUUGGUAAAAUUUUCUGUUUCUGAUCCAAGAGCUACCCAGGCAGCUUUAAUAUGCACAAACAGGACAGCCAUAACGCAAGAAAGACAAACUUUUAUAACAAAUUUCUUAGCUACACUGGAUGCAGUAACUCCAUUGGUUGCUAGACAACAGUAUGGAGCUGUAAUUAAUGGUACAGGUAACACCACUGUGUACACUUAUGGUGAGUGUAUGAAAGAUCUUGAUCAAACAGAUUGCAAUCUUUGUUUUGCUCAAUGCAAGACUCAGAUUUUAAGAUGUCUUCCUUUCCAAUUAGCUACUCGUGGAGGCAGACUUUUCUAUGAUGGAUGUUAUUUAAGGUAUGAUGAUUAUUAUUUUUUUAAUGAAUCAUUGGAUUCACAGGAUAGGACUGUAUGUGCUAGUGAAGAUUUUAAUGGUGGGAAUAAGACUCUUUAUAGUGAUAAUGCAAUGGAAUUGAUGAGGAAUUUGAGUGUUCUAACUCCAAAGAAUGAUGGGUUCUUUGUUGGGUCAGUGAAUAAAGGGAAUAUUUCUGUUUAUGGAUUGGCUCAGUGUUGGGAAUUGGUGAAUACAAGUGCUUGUGAAACUUGUCUAGCAGAUGCUGUAUCAAAAAUUACUAAUUGUACUCCAAAGGAAGAAGGAAGGGUUUUGAAUUCUGGUUGUUACUUGAGAUACUCUACUCAGAAAUUCUACAAUAAUUCUGGACCUGCAAAUGCAGAUAAUGGAGGAAGCAGCCACUUGGCAGUUAUUCUGGCUGCGGCAUCUUCCUCUGUGGCUGUUGUAUUGCUUGUUGCAACAGCUGUGUUCUUUAUGAAGAAGAGAGUUGCAGAAAAGAGGAGACAAAGAAAGGAACUUGGUGCUUUAUUAAUCGCUGUGAAUAAUUCCAAGCUCAAUUUCACAUAUGAAUCUCUUGAAAAGGCGACAAAUUACUUUCACCUUUCCAAUAAACUGGGUCAAGGAGGAUCUGGUUCAGUUUACAAGGGAAUAUUGCCAGAUGGGAAAGCUGUUGCUAUAAAGAGACUUUUGUUUAAUACAAGACAAUGGGUAGAUCAUUUUUUUAAUGAAGUCAACUUGAUUAGUAACAUACAACACAAGAAUCUUGUGAAGUUGCUAGGAUGCAGCAUCACAGGACCAGAAAGCCUUCUUGUUUAUGAAUAUGUACCAAAUCAAAGCCUUCAUGAUUAUCUUUUUGUUGCAAAGAAUGUUCAGCCACUAACAUGGGAGAUGAGGUAUAAGAUCAUAUUAGGCACAGCUGAGGGCUUGGCCUAUCUUCAUGAGGAAACUGAGUUAAGAAUAAUUCACAGAGACGUUAAAUUAAGCAAUGUUCUACUCGAUGAGGACUUUUUGCCAAAGAUUGCUGAUUUCGGACUUGCAAGACUAUUUCCUGAAGAUAAGACUCACAUCAGCACUGCCAUUGCUGGCACAUUAGGUUACAUGGCUCCAGAAUAUAUUGUUCGUGGCAAACUGACAGAGAAGGCAGAUGUUUACAGUUUUGGAGUUCUUCUGAUCGAAGUUGUUAGUGGAAAGAGGAACAAUUCCUUUGUUCAAGAUUCAGGUUCUAUCCUGCAAAUGGUAUGGAACCUGUAUGGAACUGGUAGGCUGUGGGAAGCUGUUGAUCCAGUCUUAGCUGGUAAUUUUCAAGAAGAGGAAGCAUCUCGCCUGCUUCAAGUAGGCCUGCUUUGUGUGCAAGCUUCUGCUGAACUGCGUCCGGCAAUGUCAGUUGCUGUCAAAAUGCUUUCUGGAAUUCAUGAACUUUCUCAGCCAACACAACCGCCAUUUCUCAAUCCUAGUACUAGUUCAGAAAUCAGCCCGUUUAUGCGACCGGCUACUUCCAGUUCACAGCCUGAUUCUCGCACCCAGUCUUCAGGAAAUAGCAUGACACAGAGCUGGAUUGAACCUAGAUAAACUCAUUGCACUGACUUGGGCUACUUUCACUUGCUAGAAUCUUGUUUCUAGCUUGAGACUUGUUGAGAUGAAGAGCCUUUCUAUCACUUGAGAGACUGGAUUACGCAAUGAGCUAUUUCAGAUUUUGAUCGACUGGAUUAGCUGUUUAUAAUGACCCUUUCCCUUUGUUGAUACUACAAUGAUACAAAAGAGCAUAACAAUUUCAUCUGCUGCUGAUAUAUAGUCUUGAUUCUUGUAAUAUAACAGAACAGAGCUCAUGUUUCUUGUAACCUGAAUGUAAAUAUGCUUCAUAUUGUUUACAGAAUGUAGUUAUAUCCAA